UUACCGGUGUGUUACAGGGUGCGCCGUUUUAUUUGAAUUUUACAGCACAAACGACCAGUUAUCGUGGUUCAGUGAAAAGGCAUGUCUAAAGCAUACUCAAAAAUGGACACAACAGAAAUUGUGGGAUUUCGAGAACUGCCUAUCGUACAGAAACAACCAGUUAAAUGGCGAGAAUUAUUGCUGGAUACGGGGACCGGCCAGGGUAGCUUGGAAACGGUAUCAGUCAUCGAGAAAGCCGGCGGCUUAGUGUUGCCGAGCCCAUGGAACCGUUUUAUUUAUUGGCGAACCCAGCAAGGAAGUAUCGAGCUGGUCGAGGAAAGCCUUGAUUCUAAACUGCAAGGCAACAGGCUACGAAUUAAGCUAAUUAAUACACCAAUUCUCGGAGAUUCGGUGACAUUGUCCGAGAGUGGAGAGGACUAUGUGAUCCUCCUUCUUAGUACUCUGGGCUCGUUACAUCGGGUGGCGUUUCCCCAUCCUCGUCUUCUUGACGCAACUCGCAGUAUAUUUUCAGAUGCGGCAGGCUCCGCACUUAAGGACUAUUACUUACCCUCACUCCCGGGACAGAUCACAUUGUGCAGUAAUUACCUGACAGCAGGUAAUGAUGGCAUGUUCGUCGUCGGAACAACAGGCUCGCUUCACCUCAUAACCUUUUAUGUUGAUGGGCAAGCACAAUCCCAGGAACUUCAAAGAACUCGGACAAUCAAGAAGCGCUUGACAGGCAUGCUGCCUACCGUCAUACGGCCUCGAGAGGGCUCUGGAGAAGCCCCAGCUGCGGUGACAUGCUUUGAGCACGAAAAUGAUUUUCUCAUUUUUGCCCUAGGAAACGACCGUCGGCUCUGUGCGUGGUCAUUCUAUAGUAAUGAAGUGGUUUCCAACGUAAGCUUAUCGGAGAUCAUGGGCUGUCUUGAUACAGGGGUCACCUCAUCCGGAGGUUCCCGAUCCUUCGAUAUGAAGCGGGUACUUAAUCGUAAUUUGUUAAUCGUGCGUGCUUUUGAGCGUUUUGCUAUUCUGAAACCACAGGUCGACCCACAUUAUGGCGUCCGCUUCUCCACGCUUGCAAGCAUUAAGUUUCCUGAUACCAACAUUGUGGAUUUCGGUGCAGACUCGUUACGACUCUGGGUUCUUUUUGUGAGUUCAAGUGGAGAUCCCUUUAUGACGGCGUUCGAGUAUGGAGCGGACCAAAUGGUGGCCGAUCCUCAUUGGAUGUCUGUUCACUGGGCAGAUCCCGUCAAUGGAGAACGACGCACUCAUUUGCAGGAUACCGGAAUAAAUGAAGAGUACUUAGACAAGAUCUUUCGUGGGGACUGUUUUGGGGUUAACGCGCUCACGAAAACCGUUGCUAUUUUUCGAAAAACAGAGUUUGGUGACACGCUGGCACAGUUCAACGGUACGCAACGCGAUGAGAUCAUGGAACUAAUAUCAUUAGCCAUCGACAGACGGCUCGACUCAGGAGUCGAUGAAGAAGAAGCGCAAACGGAAGUUUAUGAAAAGUUCCUCUCGUAUGCAGUCCAAUACCAUAACGAUGGACUCAAACCGCUUGGAAUAGUGUUAGGCGAGCAGCUUACAGCUGUUGUCAAAUCUGACCAGCUGGGCAUAAUUCAAGAGUGUGACGAUGCCGAACAGGUACUUCUGUCACAGAGUCUGGGUCCAGUUCAAGUCGCGGGAAUAAGGGAGCUAGUGGACUGCCUUGGGCUUGUUAAUCAGACACUGGAACCUGAAUCACUCUACGACUUAUCAUUGGCUGUAUACGAUAACGGUCCCAUUGAAGAAUGCAUCUGGCAGCUGGCAAGAACCAUUAAUAGCAACAGGGAAUUUCAGCAACCCUUCAUAAAGGCUGCUAGGUCAGUGGGCCGAAUGUGGACAGAAAUUUUGUCUCGACUUAUCGUCCUGAUCGACAGUGAAGUCACUGAUCCUCCGCUCGAAGCUGGCGUCGACCUUUCACCGACGUUGCUCUCUGGUCCGCUAGGAAUCACUUUGAUGGCACAGAACGUUUACCAGCGAGCUACCCUUAUGUACGACUUGUGUCAACGGCUAGUAAUUUUUGAGGCCCUUCUUGUGUUAAACCACGAUGAGAUUAAUAUUCCGGCUAGUAACUCACACUCCAUUAAGACAGAGCAUCUCCAGUCCACGGUGAAUACGAUGCGUUGCUAUUUCCUUGUGUUAUGGGCUUGUGAAACGGCUGCUGAUCCCCACGCUGCCCCUCAUCCGACGACAACGUACAGUGACACGCGAAUGAAUCUAACACUGUCUGAAAGUUUACCAAUGGUAGGAGUUCAAUCAGCUACAGCUUCGACUCAACAAGGUACGACAGUGACACUGAUGGAGCUCUUCUUGGCGAACGACAACACAGCAGUAAUGCUUGGUCAGCGUAAACCCGGCGGUGUUAAAGAUAUCACGCAACUACUGUACGAUGUCACCCGUUACAAUUGUUGUCUGAUUAGUCCCUCGCAAGAGAGCAGCUAUCAAUUGUUGCAGGUUUUGAUGGAAAAACGUCAGUAUUGUCAUCUACAAGAGUUCCUACGUCUACUUCAGUGGGACCCGGCCCGGAGGGGUCUGAAGCACUUUGUCCUUGCGCAUGCUCUUUUAAAAUCUGGCGACGUGGAGCGUGCCUGCGAUGUUUUUAUUUCAAGUCACGACGAAGCAAUUAACGACCCAUUCGUUCUGGAAGAGAUCGGCCUUCCGACAUGCGAACCGGACCUCAUUAGUGUGAUCUACUAUCAGAAAAUGAUCGCCGUUCUAGAAUCUAUGGACAGCCCGAACGAUCAAAUCAUUCGGCUCGCUGAAGCCGCCAUUGCUACAAAACCCGAGCCGCCACCUGAGUACAUGAUUGAAUUGCUGUCUUUAAUAUUCCGCCAUCAGCUAGAAUGUAGCCGCAUCGACAAAGCCUGCGAGGCUUUGACUGCCAUACCGGACACCGAAAUGCAGCGUUCGUGCCUUCGUGAGCUUAUUACAAAGUCACUGGGCCGACGGCAUCCGGAAGUGCUCGUCGAGUUUAAGCCUCAUAGAGACCUUAGAGAGGAACUACUUCACAUCAUGACACACCGAGCGCGCACGAGUGAUAUUACGAUAGAUUUAUGUCUUUACGACCUACUCUACUGUUGUCACAUUCGCGAUACAGAGUACCGCCAGGCCGCGUCAGUUAUGUUCGAGCAGGGUCUAAGGUUAAGUCGCGAACUGCAAGGAAUUGAGAGCUUAAACAAACAAGAGCUCUGCUACCUCACAGCUAUGAGCGGUCUUCAGCUACUUAAGGACAGAUUUAUUGUCAGACCAAAAAGCCGGAAGGAUGUAGUAAUGUGGGAAAGUCUGGCAGCAUGUAACUCCGAGGGUGAUGAUGUACCGAUCGAAUUCGAGGAAAAUAUGGAAGUCCUCGAACUCAGCGCCAUUGAAAAAGAGCUUUGCCUAGUACAGAGUUGGAUCAAACUUGCGUCACAAGAGAAGAACUUCUUAACGCCUUUAAGUGCAGAAGAAACCGUAGCGCUUCUUGUGCGACACUCAAUGUAUGAUUCUGUUGUACAGCUGUGCGCUCUCUUCAAUCUCAACAAAGCAAUACUAUUUGAGAACGUUACGCUUGCUUGUUGCAAGAUGCCACUAGCCUAUGAAGACGCUACGGAAAUUGGUCCCCGAAAUCCUGAAUGGAUCCUUGAGAACACAGAGUAUGUUAAUGAUGUACCUAAAGCUGCUCUGUUUUAUUUGAGCCAUCUUCUAAUGGAGAGUGAGGGCAGCCGAUACUUUCGUGUAUCUGCGCGAGUUUUCCUAUAUUCGGCGUGUGCGCUACCACCGUGGUUUGUAGUUGAGUACCAGAAAAGGAAUCCAGCCGAGCUACUUAUGAUUUAUGUUGCUUAUGAACGGCUCACAGAAGCGACAGAACUCGCACUCCUCAUGGUGGAAGCGGCACUCGGUUCGAACCCAGAGAUGUUGAACGUCCAGGAGUCCGUCGUGUCAGGCCAAAAAGUAUGGCUACCGCUUAAUGUGAUAGACUUGUUGCAGUAUAAAUUGACAAAAAUCGAGGGAAGUUCACCGAAGUUGCUCAGACAGCGGCUGAUGACGUCUCUUGAGCAGUUCUUCACCAAAGUCAAACAACGCGCGGAAAUUAGAUAAACUUGUAGGUUCUCUAUGUUUUUUAUGCGACUACAAGAUGAACAAAGUGAAGUUUAUCAUAAAGGUGAUUCUGCAUAUUUAAAGGAAGAUGGUCGACAAAUCAUGACCAUGACAAUUGCUCCUAUGAGGGAAGGUCAGGAAAGAGCACGUAGCUCUACCGGCAGUCCAUGUAAAAUGACGAAUGUAUCUAAACUGUAUGUUAUUUCAUAGUAAAACAAUGUUUGUAUGCGUUUAAAUGAAUAAAUUAGUAUUAAUA